AUGCGAGCAAGGAGUUUCACUCAUUUGCUCAUGCUCGAGGCAGCGUAUAUCCAGCUAACAGACCCGAUUCUGUGCUGCCAGAAGGAGUUUACUUGCAACCCUCCAACCUGUUUUGUGAAUGGGACACGGGAAAUUCAGUGUCAAAGCUGUCCAUUUGGUUUUGGAGUAGUGGUGGAAAACCGGGAGCCCUUGCUAUGUAGUAGCUCUCCACCAAGGAACACCAAGUGUGAGCCAUGCGUAGCUGGAGUCAAUUAUUCUGAUACAAAUGAUCAAGAAAGCAAAUGCUCUAGAUGUCUGGAGUGCCGUAUUGACAAGGAAGUAGAGGUUGAACCAUGCACAACUGAAUCUAAUACAGUAUGCAUCUGUAAAGAGGGGGAGUAUUACUACAAUAAUGGACUUGAUUCCUGCUAUAAGUGCACAGAUUGUGGAGAGGAUGAAGAGGAGACAAGUCCAUGCACUCCUACUGAAAACAGAGAGUGUGGACCUAGGAGAAGUCCUCCUGUUACCUCACCCUCUCCCGUCCCCUCACCAUCUUCUGUCCGUCCAGUUUCCCCAAUAGGCAACAAGACAACACCAACUGUCAACACCAGCCCAAAGACAAUUGAUACUGGAAAGUCAACAGAGCUGCAACCAGGUGGGAAUUCUUUACCUAAAGGAACGAUCGUUCUUAUUGUCUGUGGGAUAAUACUUAUCAUUGUAGUCAUUGUAACCAUAGUUGUAUGUAUGAGACGGGACAGAGAGGGUGCAUGUUCACUCAAUUGUAACUGGCAUAUACGCAAAACUAAUCAAACAACUCCUCCAACAGUAUACUCACCAAAUGGGACAAAUGGAAUGAAUGGACAUGUUCCGAUGCGUGCUAGUCCUAGUACAUCUAUCCAUAUGCAAGUUCCUUCUAAUGGGGCUGCCCUUCCUUGCAAUGGACACCAAUCAGAAGAAGAAGAAGUAGAACAUCAGCAGUCUGUAGAAGAUGCUCUGGAGCUUUCAGCAGACCAGUUGAGGCGUGUUAUCAGAGCACUAGACCAACCUGAUAAUGCGGACCGAAAUGUUCACAUGCUUGCUGGUCAAUUCUUAUCUGAGGAGACUAACGCUCUACUUUCAAGUGAAGUGUCAGCAACAGAAGUCUUAGAGGUUUGGGUCAACCGGGGGAAGACAAAAGGAGACUUGGUUCAAGCCCUUAGAGGAAUGGGAAGAGAUGACAUUGCUGCAAUAUGCGAGGAAGGCUCAUGAGAAAUGGCAGAUCUCACAGAUCCAAUGAUGGAGAGAAAACAAAUAUCACACAGACUUUACAAGGAUUUGCAAUGUGGAAGCUUAGAAACUUAUUGUAUAUUUUUGAGGAGUAUUGCAGUCCUAUAUUUUGUGUCAGGUGGCUGUUAAUGACUCAAGGAUCAUGUAUGGAUCUGUGAUUUUCAGAAGUGCUUCUGCUCCCAUGUGGGAGUCAGCAAAUAUUUUCUCUCUUGAGAGGGGAUUAUACUUCAAGCAGCUGAUGGAGCAAGUGGAACUUAAUGCAGGAUAUGAAAGAUAGCUGUGGCUGCCAGACUAAGGGCAUUAUACAAAUAAAAGAUGGACGAUCACAUAUCAAAAUGGAUAAAGUGGUUCUAUCCAACAAGAAGCUUAUUUCUGGGACUGUGCCUUGGCCUUUAGAGUGAUAAUAUAGAAUUAUUCAAUAUACAGUGCACCCCCCAAAAAAUAUACACUUUUGAAAUGACUGCCAAAUUAAAAAUAUAUCGCUUUGGGGCAAAACACCUACAUAUCUGGAAGCCAAUAAAGUCAACUUUCAAAUGACACCAAAAAGUUGGAAAACUAUUGAUGCUUGAGUGAGCACUACCCACUUAAACAAAGGGUAUGAAAAUUAGGCUGGGCAGGAAUUAGCCUUCCAAUUUCUGUCAGUUUUUGAGAGGCAAAUCCUUUGGAACUUGCAAAGUUAAGGGUGUUGUGAUAAAUUAAUGAUCAAUUAUAACCAGUUUUGGUUGUUCAAGCAAAUUUCAAAAAUUAUUAAAUUGAACUUUAAUGCAUGAGUGAACACAAAUUGCACUUUUUGGGGGCAGCAUUUUAACUUCAUCAUGUGGAUCUCAGCAAUGUGUUCAUGGGAGUCGGGAUUAUAGGGGGUUAGAUCUAGGACUUAGUGGGAGAAGUAGGUUAAUGGAAUAAGGGUCAACAGAACAUUUAUCUCCCUCCCACCCUCCCCUCCUGUUGAGAGACUGAUUGCUAUUAAUGUACGCAUGAAUUCCAUAGUAGAAUGUUGAUUUAAUGAUAUAUUCUGAAAAUUGGGGCAUCAUCUUUUACCUACAUGUAUCAAUCAUUUAAUCAACAAUUUAUCAAUAAAUCAACUCAAUCAAUGUGCAAUGUGAUCAAUCAAACAUUCAUUUUUUUAAAUAAAUGAUCAUAAUCAGUCAAUUUCGUGGUAAUCAUUCAAUAAAAAAACAAACUGACCAUCAGCCACCGGUCACUUGGCAGUUAGGUUCUGAAUAGACUACCAUCCAGGAAGUGAGACAGAUAGAGAGAGGGAGCCGGGGAGAGGGGGGGGGGUGUGCAUAUGACUUGUAAUUUAUAAAAGGACACUAAGAGGAAUGCCCUUUUAAUCAAGUUUUACCAUAUCUCGCCCUCUUGCUUGUAACAGGUACCAUCACAUUACUCUGAAUCUCAUGAACACACUGCUGAGGUCCACAAGACUAACUUACAAUGCUACACUAAAAUUACAAUUCCUGUUCACUCAUGCAUUAAAUUUCAAUUUAGUAACUCAUGAAAUUUGCUCAAGAAACCAAAACUUACCUCACUCAUUAAUUCAGCAUAACACUCUUAGCUUUGCAAGUAAAGGACUAACCUCUCAAAAAAACUGGAAGGCUAAUUCCUGCCCAGCCUAGCCAUGCUUAGUCUCUCAGAAGGAGAGAAGUGGGGGUGGGAGGAAGGGGGUAGAGAUGGAGGGUAGGAUGGCUAAAUGUUCUGUUGUCCUUUAUCCCAUCAACCUACUUUACCUACUUGAGUCUAAAAAUUGCAAUUCAUGAUCACUCAUGCAUUAAAUUUAAUAACUCAUGAAAGUUUCUCAAACAAUAAACUGAUCACAAUUUAUCAUUAAUUCAUCACAAAACCCUCAACUUUGCAAGUUU